CUCUCUCUCUCUCUCACUUCUGCACUGUACCAUAUUAUUUUAUUUUUCAUUGAAAAUUGCAAACCAUUUUAACUAUAUUUUUCCUUUCUCUCCAUCUUGGGUUUUGAGCACGAUUCAAUUUUAUUACCAGAUUUUCUUUUGUCAUUUUUGUACAAAAGACAUAAAGUAACACUCAUGAUGAGAGUUUCAGCGAUCUGUUGUUACUAAUUUGCUAUAAAUUCACUGUAUUUCUUUUAUUAAUGAUUUCUUUUCUUCUUUUUUUUUCUUUUUAAAUAUUUCAUCAAAACCAUUUAUGACUCCAUUUAUUGCUUUUGCUCUUAUUGUUAAACCUUUUGAUUUUUUCAACCCUUUCUCUCUCUGAUUGUUGUACAGUUGUUUAGGGUUUUAUUAAAGGAAAAAAACCCUAUUCCUUGUUUCCAAUUCUGAGGCGGUUGGGGUUCUACAUUGUCUUUAAAUGGCUUGAUUUCUUACUUUUACUGUGAUCUGCACUUGAAGGUGUGUCUUUUGGUGCUCUGCUUCCGGUUUUUUUUUUUUUUUUAUCUUUCUUUAGUGAUGUAUUGCUGAUGAGUAUAAUGCUGGUUAAUAUUUGUGAUUUUUUAGCUGUGAAAUGGUAAAAAUACUUCUACUUUUGCUUAAAAGUUGGUGUCUUGAUUGGCAUGUUGUAGGGGUCUUGCUUCAUUAACAUAUGUUUUAAGCACCGAUUUUGGAGAGGGUUUUGGGAUUUUUCUGUCUCUGCUAAUGCUGAUUUAUUUUUGUGGAUACCAAUAAAUGUUACUAUUUCAAGCUUCAAAAAAUAUCAAAACUUGAAAGCUUUCAACUUGGUUAUUAGUGAAGAGAGUGUGUUUACUGAUUAGGGUUGAUUGCUAGAAAUCUGGUGAUAGUAGGGUUCUUGGAGUGAAAAGCUUUACCGUUGUUGCCGUUUAAAAUUUCUGGGUUAUUUUUACGUUUCUUCAAAGUGGUUAUUUUUUUACGAGGGACACAGAGUUUGGAGCUGAUGGGGUCACUUGGGUUUUAGAUCGCUGGUUUUUUAAGCAAGCAGUUUAGAUUCUGGAAAGUUUGUUGAGAUCUUUGGGGAAUCUAGCUUAUCUGAUUCUGCUUGGAACAUUUUGACCUGAGGAUCUAACUUUGGUGCGUUUUAAGAUUUGAGAUAAUAGAAGAUACGUAAAAGGUCCUGGAAUCAGAACGUUUUUAUCCAUCGGAAGCUUCUCUAUUUCUUGUGUGAUUUUGAAGAAAGAAGAGGUUAGCGGUUUGUUGAAGAUGGAUUUCUUUAAAGCUAAGAAGUUUAGGAAAGCCCACAAACCAGGCCCGGAAAAGGAUUUAGAAGAUAAGCCUGUGCCACAUCCAGAGGAGCCAAGGAAUGAGAAUGGUGGAGGUGGUGAAAGUGUAACUAGCAAAUCAGCCAACACUGAUCCUGUAGCUGAAGCUGAGGAUGACGAUGACGAUUUUAUAACCAAUGAGGUAAAGAGAAGGUUGAAAGAACUGAGAAGGAACAGUUUUAUGGUAUUGAUUCCUGAAGAAGAGUCAUGUGCAGAAGAGGAGGAAGAUGAAGAAGGUGAAGGUGAAGGUGAGACAAGCCCGAAUGAGUGGAGGGAUGUCGAAGCAGAAGGAAGGCAAUGGUGGGGUGGGUUUGAUGCUCUGUAUGACCAGUACUGUGAGCGGAUGUUAUUCUUUGAUCGGAUGAGUGUUCAGCAGCUCGCUGAAUCUGGCUGCUACACUCCCACAACUCCCUCCCCAAGGUCUGCAUCCAAAAAGCUGGCAUCCCCCUUCCGCUGCCUCUCUUUGAAAAAGAUAGAAGAACCUGAAGAUGAAACUGAGCAUCUGCAGCAGGUACAGAAUGGCCCAUAUCAAGAUAUUGAAACUGCAUAUGUUGCUCAACUUUGCUUAACUUGGGAGGUGCUUCACUGCCAAUACACUCAAAUGAGUCAGAAAAUCACUUGCCAACCUGAAAACCCUGCCUGUUUCAAUUACAGUGCCCAGCUGUUUCAGCAAUUCCAAGUUUUAUUGCAAAGGUUUAUUGAAAAUGAGCCUUUUGAGCAGGGUCUCAGAGCAGAAAUAUAUGCUCGUGCAAGGAAUGCCUUGCCUAAACUGCUCCAGGUUCCAAAUGCAAAAGGUUUGGAUAAAAAGGAUACAGAAGAAACAGAAUCUGAUUAUGUGGUCCUUGCCCCUGAUCUUCUCAAGAUAAUUGAGAGUUCAAUCCUUAAUUUUCACCUUUUCCUGAAGAUGGACAAGAAAAAACAAAGUAAUGUCCGUAACUUGUUUGGAAAUCAGAACCAGAUUGCCACCCCUCUUCAACUAAUUCAAUCUUCGCUUGAGAAGAAAAGGAUAAAACUUAAGGAUCUGUGCAAGAAGAGUAAAGGAUGGAAAAAGAAAUGUUGGCCUCAAAGCUACGAGAACGUUCAACUGUUGUUUAGCCUCAUUGAUAUCAAAAUCUUAUCCAGGGUUAUCGGGAUGGUAAGAAUCAGUAAAGAGCAGUUACUUUGGUGUGAAGAAAAGAUGAAGAAGAUAAACUUGCCAAAUGGGAAGCUGCAGAGAGACCCCCGCCCCAUCCUUUUCCCUUGUUAAUAGCUGUAAGGGAAAGACGAGGGAAACAAAUCCGUUAGUUGGUUAGCAGCAGAAAGCCCCUAUUUCAUGUUCAGAUCAGUAGAUAGCAUGUAGUUUGCUUGUGGUAAUGGUACCUUGAUCAGACUACUUGCUAUCUACGGAUCUGCACAGGUUUUUUUCCCCUCCAGAUAUGUUAUGCAGAAGGGGAUUUCUGUAAUAUCUUGCACUUGUUAAUCUGAAGAUUGAAACGGUCAAGAAGGUAGAAGUGAUGUUGCAUCGGCUUUAGCCAUAUUGGAGUGCAGAUUAGCACUCUAUUUUGUGAUUAAAAAUUGCUGUCCUUUGAGUUUA